GAACAAAACACCCAUUAUUUUCAACUAUACUAAGUUCUGUUCACUGCCCUGCCGUUCAUAUAGGCAACUCCACACACACACCCCGCCGUUCAGCGAUUUCACACUAAAUCGCCGUAAUUAUUUUCCAGGUCAAUCUCAUUCUACUGCUAUCUUCUAAGUAUUGAUUGAUGAUGGAGCGUAAAACAGAGUCUUGUUCAAAGAAAUCAAAGGGUUUGAACAUUGAAGGAUACCAAAUUGAGGGUUUAUCCAUUGGAGGCCAUGAAACUUGCAUCAUUUUUCCCACACUUAAACUUGCUUUCGAUAUCGGUCGCUGUCCACCUCGUGCUGCUUCUCAAGAUUUUCUUUUAAUCUCUCAUGCUCACAUGGAUCACAUUGUUAGUUAGUUAGUUAGUUACUCUUUAUUUUCAUUGUUAAUUCAAUCAUAUGCCAGUGCAUUGUUAUUUUCAUUAGCUUAUCUUAUAGCUUAUCUUCGCGCUAGUGAUUUAGUAGGGCUUGUUUGGAUUGACUUAUUUGAGUUUAACUACUAACAUAAUCACUUGUGAUAUUGUUUGACAGCUUAUGGAAAUAACUUAUGAUAUGUUGAUAAGUUGUUUACAGCUUACUUUCAUAAGCUCUCUAGGAUAGCUUAUGAAAGUAGCUUAUAACUUAUAUGAGACCAAUUAGACUUUAUCUUAUCUUUUGUUAGAAAUAGUUUGUGUAUGAACACUUAAAUAAUUAAGUUGUUUAUCCAAACAGGGGGCUAAGAAUGUAAUAUGACUGGUGCUGGUUUGACAAAAAAAAAAACAAGAGAAAACAAGUACUGUUCCGCCGUAGAACUUGCCAUCUCAUUUUAUGUUUUCCCUUUAAAUUAGUAUAUAUAUGUUACAUGUGGGGGUUUGUAUGAUGAAAUGGAUGAAUCGCUGAAUUAGUUCGUUGUUGAACUUAAUGAUGUAUGUUAACUUUUCAACAUGGAGGAUUACCAAUGUUGCCACACGUGGUUUAUACCGUAUGAAGCCCCCAACAAUUAUUGUACCAAUUUCAGUAAAAGAGGAUGUAGAGAAACUCUUUGAGAUUCACAGGAAAAUGGACCAAUCAGAGCUUAAGCACAAUCUCGUUGGCUUGGAUGUAGGAGAAGAAUUUUCUCUCAGAGACGAUCUUAAAGUAAAAGCUUUUCGGACUUAUCAUGUAAUACCUAGCCAGGGUUAUAUAGUUUACUCUGUAAAAAAGAAACUUAAAUCAGAGUAUAUUGGUCUUUCUGGAAAUGAAAUCAAGAACUUGAAGGCAUCUGGUGUGGAGAUAACAAAUACUUUGACAGAACCAGAGAUUGCUUUCACGGGUGACACCAUGUCAGAUUUUAUAAUUGAUGAAAAUAACGCUGAUGUCUUGCGGGCUAAAGUACAUCCUUUGAAAUGCACCUUUCUUAACGAUGCAAUUACUAUGGAACAUGCCAAAGAUUAUGGACACACUCAUUUGUCUGAGAUAAUAAGUUAUGCUGAUAGGUUACAGAACAAAGCAAUCCUUUUGAUUCACUUUUCAGCUCGUUACACCGUAGAGGAAAUUCAACAAGCUGUAAGUGCAUUGCCUCCACCAUUAGCCGGUCGUACUUUUGCACUUACUGAAGGUUUUUGACAAGAAUUUCGAAGUUUGAUUGAAUACAUAAUUGAAUGGAGUUUUUUUCCCCCCUUCAUUGCCACCUGCCACUAUUGUUGGCAAAUGUGGGAAAAGUAGAAUGAAACGAUAAAUCCACUGAUGUACUAUUCAAUCACAUAGUUUUUUUCCAGUAUAAUAUUAUUCAUUUCAUUAAGUUUAAGGAAAAGAAAAAUGCUGGUUUAUUGAUCUUUAUUCAUUGAGAAAAACUUGUACAUAUUGCUGGCUUGUGUUCUUCUUGCAUGCAAUGCUCUUCUCCAUGCAAGAUCUCCAAAUACGUUCUUGUUCCAAACUUUAAGUGCACCUUUCAAACGUUUCAGGAUUUCCAAGCA